AUGAUAAUUUAUCUAAUUUUGAUACAAUUAACAUAAGGAAAUUGGAAUGUUCCCAUCUAAUAUUCUUCUUUGUGCACUUGCAGUUAGUUAAGUUAACCAAAUUUAUGCAGCUCAAGUCAAUUUUGUUAACUUAAUCUGGAUUUUGAAUGCACAGACUUGCUUAAUUAUAAUUGUUCUUACUUUAAUGAAUAGACUGUACUAUAUUUGUGUUCAUAAUUGGAUAGAUGCGUUUUAAAAGAUGGAAAGUGUAUAGAAUUGAAUAAUUGCACAGAACUUACAGGUUCAACAAAUUAAGAAUGCAUUUAAUAAUCUAAUAGAUGCGGAACAUCCUAAAACAAUAUAUGUCAAUUAACAGAAUGCAGCAGUUAUUUGAAUCAGAAUGACUGCAACAAUUCAUUAUUUAACAUACGCUUUGAUAAUAUAGGAUAUGGGAGUGUUUGCUAUUGGAAUAAUCAAAAUUCAUAAUGUAAUAAUUUGCUAUGCGAAAAUGUAUCUGUCGAUUAGUGUUUAUAAUAUACGAAUUUAUGCUAAAUUAAUACAGCAGCCGAGAAUUGCAAUUUUGUAUGGGAAGCCCUGUGUUAUAAUGGAUGGCAUUUGUCAAAAUGCAAACAAUGCCUAAGAGUUGAACAACAUACAAGAUUGCACUUAAAACACUUUAUAUACUUAUAUUUAUACACCUGA